AUGAAUCGAUUGAUUCUUUUUUUAAUACUUUGCUUUACUUUCUUAUUAAUCAUACAAAAAGCAACUGUAUAUGCUGAUAUAUGUUUACACAACGAACGUUCAAAAUGUACUCAAGCUCGUAAUGCAAAUGAAGUAACACAUGAAGAAAAUGUUCAGUGCAAUCAUUUAUGUAUUCAAUCAGGACAUGCAUCAGGACAUUGUUCAUUGUCAUCAAAUUGUUUUCAAUAUUGUUUAUGUCAUGAAAAAGAAUUGUAA